AUGAGAAAUUCUGGAGCUACUAGAGAUGAUAGCCUUUGCUUCUACAAGAUUGUUUUGGAUCGUCAAAUGGAAGAAUUGAGAAUUCCAUCAGAAUUUGUGAAGCAUAUAACAGAAGAAGGAACAGGAAAAGCAUUGCUCAAAAGUCGUUGUGGAAAGUGUUGGAGCAUGAAACUACGAGAGGAUGAAAAUGGAAUGUUCUUCCGUGGUGGUUGGAAAAAAUUUGUGAUGGAGCAGCAUUUUGAACAAGGUGAAUUUCUACUUUUUCAUUAUGAUGGAAAGAAGACAUUCAAUGUACGCGUUUUCAACAAAAAUGGACUGGAGAAAUAA